AUGGGCAGAAUCAUCUUCUACGAGGACAGGAACUUCCAGGGUCGCUCCUAUGAGACCAGCAGCGACUGCCCUGAGCUGACCUCCUAUCUGAGCCGCUGCAACUCCUGCAGGGUGGAGAGCGGCUGCUUCAUGGUCUAUGAGAGGCCCAACUUUAUGGGCCACCAGAUGCUGGUGAGAAGAGGAGAGUACCCUGACAACCAGCGCCUCAUGGGAGUGAACAUGAGUGACUGCAUCCGCUCCUGCCGCAUGAUCCCCAUGCACAGAGGCCAGUUCAGGAUGAGGAUCUACGAGAGGGAGAACUUUGGUGGUCAGAUGUAUGAGCUGAUGGACGACUGCGACUCCAUCCAGGACCGCUACCGCAUGUCUGACUGCCAGUCAUGCAAUGUGAUAGAUGGUCACUGGCUGAUGUAUGAGCAGCCCCAGUACAGAGGCAGGAUGAUCUACCUGAGGCCAGGAGAGUACAGGAGCCUGAGAGAGAUGGGAAUUGCUCCCAUGGACAUUAGAAUUGGGUCCAUCAGGCGUAUCAUGGAAACCUGUUAG